AGGCGCUGCAAGCGGCUAGCUAGCCUGGCUGGCGUAACGUAAAGCACCGCACCCGAAGGUGCUCUGUGUCGGACAUGUUAUUGCGGCCGACCGAGUGGCACAAGUAACACAACAGGCUGCAGCCCAAGCAAAAUGCACUAAACCGUCUGUACGAUGGAAGCCUUCCCGACAUGAGGUGACUGGGAUGGCAGGAUUUCCAUGUGCGGCUCGGCCUGCGCCUGCUGCUCGGGAUGUGGUGAUGAAUUGGAGAUCUGAUGACAUCACGUUCGGACAUGGGUAUGAGAUAGUGUAUGCUUGCGAAUGGACAUAGCGAGCCCUGAUAGAGGGGCACACGCACGAGAGACAUCUAGGAGAAGAAAAUCUCUUUGGACUCCACUGGACCAUAAUGUCGACCGCUAACACUGCCUGCUCAACGCCGUAAUGUUGCGGAAUAGCGAAGUAUACGAACUACCGGGCGACCUCCCACCAGUGGCCGAACUAGCAGGUGAAUCUCUAUCGGCCGAACUGCCUGGGAAGGACUCUUUGAACGAGACGCAUGACGAGACCUCACAAGAAUCGUAUAACCAUUCCAUAACAACAACACCCUGUCGCAACGACUUGCUGCCCACGCCGUAUUCAGCCUUCUCCACCAUUUCGUCGAAUCCUUCGCUGAAGCCUUCGGCUCUCAACUUUUCGCGACCACGUCCAGUAGAGGCCAACUCGUAUAAUUUUGGCUGCCAGGCUGGCCCAAUUCUCGAGUACGAUCCGAACAAUCGUCCAAUACUCUCCGAGUCUAGUCAAACGAACGACGACCCGGGUCAUGAAAGCGAGGGUCCUAUUGAAGACGAGAAUGCCGAUGGUCUCCGUACGCCUGCACCAUCGUACAUGACAUAUACAGACUCAAGAGAUGAUGACACACCUAGGCACAGUUUAGAUGGAGCCAGUCUAGGAGGUGUCAGUAUUGACGAGGCAGUACCACCCCCGAUUAGGACAUAUGCCGAUCUAAGACACAUACAGUUAUCGAGAGAUAGCAUUGAUGGAGUCAGUAUUGAAGAAUCCACUCCACCUCCGACGCAGCCUCUCAAAGCAUUCAGAGGCUUUAGUCAUGACUUUAGCACCUUGAACAUCUCAAGAGGUGAUAGUAUCUACGAGGAUUUUCCCACUCCUCCUGACUUGAGAUCGCCGAAGGAGAACUUCCGAAAAGCCUCACACGCCUUGCCGCUUAGUAUCAGAGAGAGCGACGAGGACACUCUGGCGGCGUCAAUUGUACAGGGCAUCCAUCCUCUCUCGCGUAUGGACACCACGAGCUCGACCGCAAGUAGUUUCGAUGAGGCUGCACCGCCCCCUGUGUCAACGCGGAGAUAUGCCCUUUCACACAUGGAUACCGACAGUUCAAGAGGUACCAAAUCCUCCGACCAGACAAGGACCUCCAGAGUCGACAGUGUGGUUGAUCCAUCUGCUGCCGCCGCAUCAAAAAGUGCUGUACGAGGAGAUGUUCGGACGGAGCCUCGCGCGCCAAAAGUGCUCAUUUACAAACCAUACCUCGAUUAUGCCACAAGCCAAUUGUCUGACUCAAUACGCACCAGUACGACACAAGACGACAGCUGCAAAAGCCAAGCACCGUACGAGGAUCGAAGGCAUAGUCUGGCAGAUAGCGAGUCGAGCUCAGUGUCUGACUUUGCCUUCGACGGUCAACUAGGCUGGAACCCUCGAGGUCAAAAAGCGUCCGAGAAACGCCAACAGCGUUGGACAGCACCCCUUGUCAAUCCUCUGAAGUUGAUGAACUCGAGAUCUAAAGGCAAAGAGAAGCAGCAAACACCGUUGCCAACAAUGGAAGAGAAUCCACCACGACAAGGCUCGAACGCAAGCUCACACAACGGCCUUUCACCAACAUCAAGCAAGGCUUCUACAGGUACGGGUAGUAGUACCUCUAGUAGACCGCCUAUGAUUCCCGCUCGCAUUCCUCGCAUCAUCAAACGCACGUCUUUAGACCAAAUGUCCGAGCACGUCAACCCAUGGCAGGGCGAGAGCAUGAGUGACCACGGCAGUGUAUCCAGCCAGGAAUGGACGAGUAGCGACGUCGAUACCUCCAGCCUGAGCGUGGAGAAAAUACACAAACUCAAGAAGAAAGGAAUCAAUCCUGCUUUGUACGUCGAGAUGCAGAAUGCACGCAAGGGCAAGAACAAAUGGAUUAGUCCUUUGCAGGGAAACUCUUUCAUCUCUUGAGCGUCUUUGAGACCUCAUGAAUUCCAGUCACAGCUGCGGACAGUGAUGCUGUCGGCGCCCUCCGCAGUCUCCGCACCAAUUCAAGCGCUUUGACGGGAUACUCGCUACACUCUGCUCACAAGGCGCUCUUUAUACCAUG